CUCGGUUCAUCAAACUGCUGCAUAUUAUCUAUACACCUUCUAAUAGACGAAGCAAUCCGAAUAUAAUUGCGAAAUGCCCCCCACUCGUCGCCGCGGAGGUAAUACUGCCGCCUCUCGUUCUAAUCAGGCAACCCUCUCAUUCGGCUCUAAAUCCAGAGUCACCAAGCCAUCAGCAGCGCCAUCCACACGCUGUCAAAAAGCCAAGGAUCUCGACUUGAUUGACGCUUCUCGAUCAAAUACUCCAUCAGUAGACGAUGUAUCCGAAGCAGAACAGGUUUCUGUUACUUCCACGGAGCCUUCGCAGCCCCAUGUGGCAGAGCUUGCCGUGAGGCAGCAGGCUCGGGCGGAGAUUGAGCAACCACGGUCAGAAGAGGAUGCUAAGGCGGAGAAGAUCACCGAAAGGCAACUGCAACAGUACUGGAAGAAGGAAGAGGCAAAGAGACAAGGGCCUAGAGUUCACCAGGAGGGCCUCGAUUUACGAGAGAAGAUUUUGCGCAACUUCGACCUUUCAAGCCAAUACGGGCCUUGCAUUGGAAUUGCUCGACUCAAGCGAUGGAGACGUGCGCAUACGCUAGGCCUCAAUCCUCCCCUCGAGGUGUUGGCAGUGUUGUUGAAACCAGACGAGGAUACUAAACAGAGGGCGUAUAUUGACGAACUGAUGUCUUGAGCAUGCUUUUGGUGGGACACUGCGCAAUAUAUAUUUCUGUCCCAUGGACCAGCGUGGGAUAGAUUUUGGAGUACGGGUGUUUGUGGGACAGGCGUUUGGGAUAACUCUGCGCAUACCCUUUGGAUUACUACUUUGAAAUGACCUACAUUGCUUUGAUUGCCAACCUUCAUUUUUCACCAGUCUACGCUCUUU